GUAUCGAAGUACAGGAGAUCUGUUUCAUCUGCCUCUGAUUCUGGGCUUAUUUCAACCAGCGUGUACGUUGCUUAUGAUGAAAGUGUUCGGGCUAAUAAAGAAUGUCUUCUGCUACCACAAUUCCCUCUCUUUCAGAAGGGUAUACAACCACUCCCACUACUUCUGAAAUUCCAUUUAUAGUUGAUCCUGAAACACUUGCUUGUGAACCAGAGAUAUAUCCAACCCUGCCAGUUGCUGUUGUCUACAGCCUGGUGUGUUUCCUUGCCGUGAUGGGGAACCUGGUGGUGAUGAUCGUCAUUCUUCACAAUUGGCGCUCUACAUCAUCCACAGACAUCUACCUGCUCCACCUGGCCAUGGCUGACCUACUCUUUGCCAUCUCUCUGCCCUUCUGGGCAGUGGAUGCCAUGUCUGGGUGGGUGUUUGGCGAUGCCAUGUGUAAGGUUGUCAGCAUGGUCCAGGAGGUGAACUUUUACAGUGGCAUCCUGUUUCUGGCCUGUAUCAGUGUUGAACGUUACCUCGCCAUCGUCCACUCUGCCCAGUUCCACAGGGAGAAGUGGCCAUUCCUGAUCAAACUGGUCUGUGCUGUUGUGUGGGUGCUGGCUGUUCUCCUGUCUUUACCCAUCCUCUACAGGAGCCAAUUAUUGGAUACUAUUUCCGACAAAUUCAUCUGUAAUGAAGAUCAUGAUGGUGAAUAUGAUAAGAAAUGGAAAAUAGCCACCAAAACCUGUCGCCAUGUCAUUGGGUUUCUCAUCCCACUGUGUGUCAUGGUCUUCUGCUACAGCAUCACCAUCCACAGACUGUGUCGUACGAAGGGAUUCCGGAAAGAGAAAGCCUUGAAGGUCAUUAUCGCCGUUGUGCUCGCUUUCCUCGUCUGUUGGCUGCCCUGCAAUAUCACUGUGUUUAUCGACACUCUGGUGAGGAUGAAGGUCACCAGCACCUCUUGUGCUGGGCGCAACCACAUCAACCGAGCUCUGUUUGUCACCCAGUGUUUGGGGUUUCUGCACAGCUGCGUGAACCCAAUAUUAUACGCCUUCAUCGGGGUGAAAUUCCGGGCAAACCUGCUCAGGCUCCUGGCUGAUAAAGGACUCAUGAAACACACUGAUGUAUCUCUUGAGUUUGAGAGAUCGGCUAAGCUGUCAGUCUCUCAGGCAACUUCAACCACCAUUUAG